AUGUGGCUCAACACCACUGCUUCCCCAUUUCUGCUGACUGGUUUCCCAGGCAUGGAAAAGGCACAUCACUGGAUCUCCAUCCCAUUAUUGGUGGUUUACAUCUCCAUACUUCUUGGUAAUGGCACCCUUCUCUUUCUCAUCAGGGAUAAUCAUAACCUCCAUGAGCCCAUGUACUAUUUCUUAGCUAUGUUGGCAGCCACUGACCUUGGAGUGACAUUGACUACGAUGCCCACAGUUCUGGGGGUCCUGUGGUUGAAUCACAGGGAGAUUGGCCAUGGGGCCUGCUUCUUUCAGGCCUACUUUAUUCAUACUCUUUCUAUAGUAGAAUCUGGUAUUUUGCUUGCCAUGGCCUAUGACCGUUUUAUUGCCAUCUGCAACCCCUUGAGAUAUUCUUCAAUCCUUACCAACACCAAGGUAAUAAAGAUUGGGAUGGGGGUAUUGACAAGGGCCGGUCUGUCAAUUAUGCCAAUAAUUCUUUGCCUUCCCUGGUUUCCCUAUUGUCGAUCCCGGGUACUCUCCCAUGCUUUCUGUCUACACCAGGAUGUCAUCAAGUUAGCCUGUGCUAACAUUACUUUCAAUCGUCUCUAUCCAGUUGUGGUUGUAUUUGCAAUGGUCUUGUUGGACUUCCUCAUCAUCUUUUUCUCCUACACUUUGAUCCUCAAGACUGUCAUGAGCAUCACUUCUGGAGAAAGGGCCAAAGCCCUCAACACAUGUGUCUCCCACAUCUGCUGCAUCCUGGUUUUCUAUGUCACUGUGGUUGGUCUGACAUUCAUCCAUAGGUUUGGAAGACAUGCUCCUCAUGUGGUCCACAUCACGAUGAGCUAUGUCUACUUCCUUUUUCCCCCUUUCAUGAACCCUGUCAUCUAUAGCAUUAAAACCAAGCAGAUCCAGAUUGGUAUAAUUCGCUUCUUUUCUCUGCCUCAUUCUAGAGCAUAACUUUGACUCACUGCUCUCUGAAGAAUAAUUCAGGGAACCUGGACAAGCUGACAGCUCUGUUGGUGGGAGCAACUAGGGAAAGCCAUGUAGAUGGAAGCCAACAUUUGUGCUAUUUAGAACAUCAUCUCCUCCU